AAUAACAAGUACUUUUUAAUAGAAAUGUAGAGGUUAUCCAAAUAGUAAAAUAACUUUUACAUUUCGAAUUUCGAUGAACAUACGAAAUUAUUGGUUAGAACUUCAAUUCUCGCAUGGUUUGUUUACUUUACAAAAUACCGGUAGAUCAGUUUUACGUUCUAAUGUAGUUUGAAAUGUCUUCAACUAAAAUUCACAAUGUACGAUUUUAUACGUCUGAACCACGAGCAAUUCGUUGCAUGGCACUUCAACCCGACACAAAAAAGUUAGCUGUGUCUAGGGUAGAUGCAAGCAUAGAAAUAUGGAAUAUAACUAAUCUGUGGUUUAUAGAGAAAACGAUAGCCCCUGAAUCUGAGAAUUUCAGUAUCGAGAGUUUAAAAUGGUUUAACAACCGAUUAUUUAGUGUAGGCCUUCACGGUCUUCUGAUAGAAUAUGAUUUGUAUAAACUAGCUGUAAGAAAUAGAUCAACUGUCACUGGUGAAGCUGCGUUCUGUUUAGAUAUUCAUUCAUCGAAGUCUCAAAUAGCCAUCGGCACAGAACAGGGUUAUUUGAAUAUUUUUACAAUCGAGGAAGAUGGAGUUUGUUUCGAAAAGUUCUUAGACAAACAGGAAGGUAGAAUAAUGUGUCUCAAGUAUGAUACAAGUGGAGAGUUUAUCGUUUCUGGCAGCAUCGACGCUAUUAGAAUAUGGAAUGUAGAAUCAGGACAUGCAAUUCAUAAAAUGACUACAGGAAGAUCGGAAGCCAAUAAACCCACAAUUGUUUGGUGUUUAGAAGUGACCAGUGAUUUUACAAUAAUUAGCGGCGAUUCUAGGGGGAAGUUAACAUUCUGGGAUGGUAAAAUUGGUGCCCAGUUAGAAAGUUAUCAGUCUCAUCAAGCUGAUAUACUAUCCGUGGUUUUAUCAGAAGACGAAAAUAGUCUGUGUUGUGCUGGCGUUGAUCCAAAUAUUAUAAAUUAUGCGAAAGUUAGCGUUAAAGGAGACACACAGAAGUGGGUAAAAAGCACCCAGAAACACAUCCACGACCACGACGUAAACGCGUUAAUUUUCUGUAACAAUAAACUUUACUCGGGUGGAGCUGACAGCUAUUUGGCAGGCAGUUGCCACGCCCCAAAAACAGUUUUAAAAAUGCCACCCAUCUUGCAAGGUCCAUGCGUACAUUUAGCAACGGAAGCGAGGUGUCUCAUGUUAAGAUAUUCCAAACACGUCGAGGUCUGGACGUUAGGAAGAAGCGAAAACACCGAUUCCAACUAUAGGGGGCUCAUUACAUUAAAAGAAGAACCAAAAAAAUUAUUGGUUUUGCAAAGAGUUAUUAAGGAUUAUGAUGGGGAUGAGGAAAAACUAGGAGUAUUGUUUUCUUGUAUUUCUAAUAACGGCAAGUGGAUUAUAUUUAGUACCAGUUUGGGAGUUAGGCUGUUUCAGCUUGAUUAUGUGGAGGAAAAACCAAGUCUCUUGAAAGUAGACGACCUAGAGAACAAAGAGGUGCCAUGCGUUAAUGCAACCUUUACGCCAAGUAAUUCUCAGUUUAUAACGGCACCAAACACUGGUGGAUUGUUUGUAUAUGACAUAAAAUAUGACAGAGUGUCGAUAAGCCAAACUUUGGAAAGUCUAGAUUUGUCGGACACCGUAACAUUUUUGACUGUAUCUGCCUGUGGUAAAUAUCUGGUAGCGGCUGAUCCUUGUAGCAACAUCGUGGUGUGGGUUAGGAAAAAUGAAAAAUGGAACAGUCACUGUAAAUUGCCUAAAUAUCAGUAUCCCCCUACUGCUAUGGCGAUUCAUCCUAACACAGCUUGUUUGGUGGUGGCCUAUUCCGAUAAUAGUAUCGUAGAAUACGAUAUUAAGAAAAGGGCUUUUUCCACAUUUUCAAGGCGCUUACAAAAAUUUUUUUUCACGCAAUGGAAACUCAGGACGUAUCCCUUUAGAAAUAUAACAUUUGAUCCAAGGGUGGACAAUAUUGUGAUUCUUCAUGAUGAUGGCAAUAUCAUUAUUAUCGACAAAGACAAGGAAGCUUCUUGCAAAAACGCGAAAAAGCCCAAGAUAGACAAAACGCGAGCUAUUGAAAACGAAGGGGACAAAGUAUCAGACAAAAGUUUCCGUGUUGUUAAAAAGGAGAAGCACUUGGUACAUCUCCAAUGGCUUGAAGACGACGAAAUGGUUGCAGUAGAGGUCAACCCACUCAGUAUAAUGGAACAAUUACCUCCAGCUUUCGUACAGAAUAAAUUUGGUCGAAAAUAACAAAUACAUGUUAUUUUUUUGUUACAAACUAUUAAAACAAGAUUUAAGUACA